ACAUCUAAGGGCAUUGAUAAGAUCGUAAACGCCACCUUUGCAAGUCAGUCGACUUCCUGUGUCCGAGCCUGCAUCAUGGGACUGCUCUUCGCGCUUCUCCUUCUCUGCCCCGCGCUGGCGCUGAGCGCCGACAGUACACCAGCACCCUAUCGCAAGGAGUGUUACGGAAACCUGGGAUGCUUCGACAACAAAGCACCUUAUGACAACGCCCAAGGAAAAAUUCCCAAUUCACCCUCAGCUGUCGGCACUGUCUUCAGAUUGUUCACCCGUCGGGACAAGAUCAACGGCCACGACCUGAAGUACGAUGACGCAAGUUCCUUGACCAGUGCCCACUUCAGCGGCUCAAAACCCACCAAGUUUGUCAUUCAUGGUUUCGGUGGUAGCAUCAGCAAUCAGUGGAUGGUGGACAUCAAAAACGCUCUCUUGGACAAAGGAGAUUACAACGUGGUCCUCGUCGGCUGGGCAAAGGGUGCUGUUAUGCCUUUGUAUGCCCAGGCUGUUGCCAACACUCGCCUUGUCGCCGCUGAGAUCAAAGCUCUGGUGAACGAGAUGGUAGCCAAAGGUCUCAACCUGAACAACCUCCACCUCAUCGGUCACUCUUUGGGCGCCCAGAUCUCUGGUAAUGCUGGUAGACUGCUCGGAGGACACGCUGGGCGUAUCACUGGCAUGGACCCUGCUCGUCCCAGUUACGAGUUCAAAUCAACAACUGUCAGACUGGACUCCAGCGAUGCCAAAUUUGUCGACGUCAUCCACACAAAUGGUCUUGUAGCACAGAAUGGCGGUUUGCAAGGCUAUGGCGUCUUCCAACAGACUGGCACAGUCGAUUUCUAUGUCAACGGGGGAGAGAAACAGCCAGGAUGCAAAGAUAUUUCUGCUAUCGCUGAUAUCUGGGAUAAAAUCUUUGGAAAGCGUGAUAUUGGCCAGGAUGUCUCAUGCAGCCAUGGCAGAUCCCAUGAUUACUUCCUCGAGUCUAUCAAAUCACACUGCGCUUUCACCGGCUACAAGUGUGCCUCAUACGCUGAUUAUGAAAAAGGCCUGUGCAAAAGCUGUUCCAACAACGGCUGCAACGUGAUGGGUUUCAACGCUGAUCCGCACAAGGCUAGGGGAAAGCUCUAUCUGGACACCAAAUCUGCCAGUCCGUUUUGCUCAUGAUGGGAAGGCCGUUUAUGCAGAGCAUACCUUGGUGACAGAGUGUCAUGGCAACAAAUGACGUCAAAUUGAUGGUGAUCACAGAUCAACACAUUUCGUCACAGCUUAAAAGACCUGCACCAAUUGCGUACAUAAGAUCAAUUGUAUGAUAUGCCAGCAAAAGAACUCAGUACUAAUAGAUUGGACAUCGAAAAAACUAAA